ACGUCGCGUUGUCUGACUGUGAUGAAGUGAAGUCAAGCCGACACACCGACUGUUGUUUUCAUAUCUCCACUUUUCACAAUGUUAGUCGGAGUCCAUUCCGGCAUUUGUCUCUGAAUACUCUGUACUGUGCGCUAUCUAUCUAUCACCUUCAAUGCUCCGCAUCGUAUACAACUAGUUUUGUAAAAACGCUGUCAUUCAAGGCACUUGUUUGAGGUUAAAAAGAGAUUAUUGAACUGAUGAUUUGCAGCUGAGUUGUGUGUUUAUUGAGAAUGGCCGAGGCUCGACUGAGACAGUUCAAGAACAAAGGCCGGGAUGACUCGUCAAUGCGUCGUCGUCGUCAAGAGCAGUCAGUGGAACUGCGAAAGACCAAGCGUCUCGAGGCACUGAGCAAGCGUCGUCAUGUCGACCUUGUCGAGGACGGAGAGAUUGCCAAUGGUGCGACGGACAUGGGAACUGACUGUGCACAGCAGAAUGCUAUUGCAACUGUUCCACACGACAUGCCAGCGUUCCAUGUGCUGCCGAAAGACAAGCAACAGGGCAUCAACGAAGCCCUUACGUGCUUACAAGCCCGAGUCGACAUUUCACCGACUAUGGUGAAGAUAAGGCGACUGGUAUCAACUUCGGACACUAUUGAUCCGAUAAUUCAGUCUGGUCUGCUCCAAGAAGUUGUAUCAGUGGCGGUUGAAUCCAGCGAACGCCAGGUAUUGGAAGAGUUCAGUUGGAUCCUCACAAAUGUGACUUCAGGCACGUCAGAACAGACGGAGGAAGUGGUUAACCUCGGUUGUGUACCUGUUCUUGUGACGUUUCUCACACACGAGUCUCUGACAUUGCAACAUCAGUCUCUCUGGGCACUUGGUAACAUAGCAGGAAACAGUGCCGUGCAUCGUGAUCUCAUUGCCAGCUCUGGGGUCAUUCCCUACAUCAUCCAACGUCUUCAAGGCUGUGACAUACACACCAAGAACAAUCCACAAGAGAGGAAGAUUGCGUUCCUGGCACCGUGGGUCUUGUCAAAUUUGUGUCGAUUCAACAACCCAUCUCCAUCACGGCAACUAGCAGAAGUGCUUGUUCCUAUCCUUGUGCUAAUUCUCGGGAACCCCUCGGGACUGUUCUCACAGACUGAGCUGCGGGAUUGCUGCUGGGGACUGUCGUAUCUUACUGAUGGCUACCCUGGCGAAGAUGGCGUUGAUCCGUUAAAAGAGAUGAUUUGUUCAGACUUUCAGCUGGUGCCUGUUGUUGUGGGAAUGAUCCAGAAGUCGUCGGUGAACAACGUAUCCAUUCUGGUGCCGUGUGUUCGCUUUCUCGGCAACAUUUGCUCUGGCACUAACGCUCAGACAAUGGUUGCAAUCAAUGCUGGUAUUUUGUCUGUUGCUCCCGCAUUACUCGUCGUGGGGGUUGACCGCCUUAUAAUCAAGGAAACCAUCUGGCUCUUAUCAAACUGUAUAUCAAGUUCAAUGGCUCUGGUCAAGGUCAUAGCCGAGGCUGGUUUGAUGACCACCAUUAUCAACCUGAUGACAACGGCAUCUUAUGUUGUGCAGAAAGAGUGCUCAUGGGCCAUUAGGAACUUUGCAAUGGUUGGCUCGCCCGACAUGGUGCCAUACUUUGUUGAUGCUGGCGGAAUCCAAGCAAUCAGGCAUAUGGUCACCUAUGAGGACUCUCAGAUUGUACUGAACGGUUUAGAAGCGCUCACGUCGGUGCUACGUGGCGGCGGUGAGCAUCUUGAUAAGAUCUCGAUGAUGGUCGAGGAAGCUCACAUUCUUGACCAGCUCGAGUUGCUCCAGUGUUCAAACAAUAAUGCUGUAGCAGAUGAAGCGUUCUCCAUCACCGAUGAGUUUUUUGCUUCAGAAGAGGUACCCAGUCUGAAGAGUCUGAAUCCAGUGGAGACGGACAAUCAAUUUAGAUUUGCCGCUCCGGCACAGAUGCCUGCACUUGAACACCUGUAAGCUCUCGCCUGCUGCUGACGCCAUUGGUGCCGUCAGUUCGGCUCACGGCCAGCCACUUGGGCCGCAUAGCGAAUGAGUCUGGUUUCUCAGUCUAUGUGACGUGUGUGUGUGUGUGUUGCUGUCUUGCUGACUCAUCUCGCUAUCUAUGUACGUAGUACACUUCGGAAUUAGCUGUUCCUAGGCGCAUGGCUGGUGUCACUACUUCGCAAUGUACACUAACCCGUCCGGUGCAGAAUAUGCUCGUUCCGGGACACGAUCGUUAGUCGCUACAUGUACACCUUGCCGUUGCCAUGCGAAGUGUAGCUGCACGAUGGCCCGCGCUUGGCCACUGAUGCACCUACAUGCGAGUGACCUGCCUUCCCAUCUUUCUCUCUCGCUUCUGCUGACAAAAGACGUUACACGAGUGUCGUAGUAACCCGUCUGACUGCCCUCUCCGCUGCAAGUUGCUGGACACUACUGUUCUCAUCCUACUCAUGAAAGUCAUGCAUUGCCGGUGCGAAAUUAAAGCCUCGCCGCCUUUCUUUGCUAUUUGACCAAUCUCCUCAUAUCUCUCUCUAACCACGAAACCAUUUCCAACAGAUAGCAACUUCCCCAGACCGCAUCUGAUAGCUAUUUAACACGCAACUCUUGAUGUACCUGUCCUUGUCACUAAGUAGACUUUCUGUUCCUGCUUUAUGCCAAUCAGUUAUUUGUUCCAAGUUCAUUUUUUUUUAGAGGGUAUAGUUUCUACAACUUAGCGAGUUGCUCAGGCAACUAAUUUUUAUCCAGUAGCAAUUAUUUGUGGGUUUCUCCCACCUUUCCCUAACAUUGUACUGAUUCUUAUACUACCUUUCGUUCAAUCCCUUUGACAUUGUGUUCAUUUUUUUGUUCACCAUUCCAUCUGCUCCGUGGAACAAUGAUAUACUGGCCAGUCCCAUGCUACCGGCAGGGAAAAUAUCAUGAAAAUAUGCGCAAGGGAAAACUA